CGUCGCGUCUCAGCCUGCGGAGCCACUCGGUGUUCUCCGUGACGAACGUGUCGGUUGUGAGCAGCGGCUGCGGCCUUGUGCUUGGAAAGCGUGUUACUGUGUCUGACUCGGUGCUGCGCUUCGUGGGCGUCGAGGGGUCUGUUGCGUCGUCGCUGGUGCGUUGCGACGGUGGGACGGUCGGUGGCGGCGGGUGGGUGGAGCUGCGCGACGUGUGGGCGGUGGGCGAGGCGUCGUCGGUGGCGUCGCUGUCGGGGGUUACGCUGAGCGGCGGCACCGUGUCGAUUGCGCGCUGCGCUGCCAAUGGCGCGACGCUUGUCUCCGGGCUGGUGAUCACGAGCGGCGUCGUGUCGGUGCAGUGCAACCGUGCCGGCGGCCGGGUGCUGCUGAGCAGCGGCGACUACCGCAUGGCUGGCCUGUCCUCCGUGAGCGUGGUGCCGUGCGACGGCUGUGCGGCAGCGCUGGCGUGCUUUGAUGCGCUGACGGCGUCGUUCUCCGACUGCGUGUGCAGCUGCCGUGCCGGCGGCGUGGGCGAGGCGUGCCUGCCGUUCGACGUGCCGCCUGCGAGGGCCGGCGGUGGUGGCGGUGCUGCGGGGGGCUGCGUGGGUGGCGUGACGCUGACGGAGUCGGUGACGGUUGGCGGCUGGCGUGCGACGGCGUGCUUCGACUCGGUGGUGUUCAGCGGGCCGAUCAUUGUGGCGGUGGACCUGCGCUCGAUGGACGCGUUCGCUGACGCGCUGAACGUGACGCUGCGCCACUGCGUGCUUGCGGGCGGCGCGCAGCUGCGGAUUGGCGGCCUCAGCGAGAGCACUGCGCGCCUGAUGCCCCACGCCCUCGUCAACAUGACAAACGUGACGUCGCUGGAGGGCACGAUCGUGCUGCGUGGCGCGAUGCCGCUGAACUCGAGUGUGCUGCUGGCGAACUCAACGCUGCGUGCGACGGUUGGCGGGUCGCAGUACGUGCCGACGACCAUUGGCCACGAGAAAUUUCGGUACGGCCCCGCGCUUGUCCUGGAUGGCGUCCGGCUUCUGUCGACGCGUUUUGUCAUGACGCGGUCGUUGCUGGUGUGUGGCGGGGAAUCGUGCGCUGCGAUCCUCGUGGAGCGCAGCUUUGUCGCAAACUUGUCCAGCGUCUUCUACAUGGACAACUGCGCUGUCAGGUCGCGGACGCACGUGAUGUACGCUCUUGCGUCGGAACUGCGUGUCAGCGGCGGCUCCGUGUUCUCCGUACAGAACAGCUCGUGGAGUGCGCCGAGCACCGGAUACUACAAGGGCGCGUGUAUGUUCAGGGAUGUUGCGGUGGCUGGCGGCAGCGUGCUGCAGGUUGUGUCCAGCGAGUUCCGUCUCGGUUUCGCCAUGCUCAUUGCAAACACGCUGACUGUGAGUGGCGGCAGCUGGCUGGUGCACCGCGACAACGAGUUCCGCACCGUCUACGUUGUGUACGUGGCCAACGAGAACGGCGUGGCGUUCCGCGAUCGGAGUGUGUGGUCGAUACUUCACAACAGCCUCAUGUACGGCUCGUACUCGUCAACCAUUGCAUACAUGACAAGCAACUGGUCACCACAAUCCGAACUGCGCCCGACCAUCUACGGCGUGUGCAACGAGCUAAGGGGCUCUCCUGUGACGGAUUACCAAGAAGAGCUUAAUAUUGGGGCGCCCGUGACGUCGCUGGACUGUGGUGCGUGCACCGUGGACGCCGUGUGCUUUGCAGCGAGGACGAGCAGCAUCCGCGGCUGUGAGUGUGAGUGCGCUGCUGGCGGCUACGGUGACACGUGCCUGCCAGCUGCGGUUCCGGACGGCCUUGGGCCGCUCCCGCUCCCCGAUGCGAAUGACACGGAGGUCCGCUGCGUGCACGGUGGCAUCAUCAGCUCCGUGGACGAUCCUGAUCCCGGUGUGCGUGGUCUGUGCUUUGUCAACGUGACUUUUACCGCCGCGAUUGUUCUGGACCUGUCGCGUUUCGACGCAUCACAACGGACACUCAACAUCACGCUGCUGCAGUGCGUCCUUAUGGGCCUGUCGAUCAAGGGGAGUGGUGCGCGUGUGCACGUGAGCGUGGCAUCGUCGUUGCUGGAUUCUGGUGCAUUGGAGUUUGCCGGUGAUUUUGGCUUGAGCUCCCUGAUACUGGUGGCGGGCAGUACGCUUGCGACGACGUCGAGCCACGCUAUUGCUUUUUAUUUGCCCUCUCUUGGAGCGAACUCGACGCUGCUGGUACUUGACAACAACAUCGAGGCGAAUAUGUAUACAGUCUAUUUUUCCAUUGGUAUUGUUGAUGGUGGCAGGACCAUUGUGAAAGGAAAUACGUUGAUCGCAAGGGAGGAGGAGGACGGUGUGGAGUCGUCCGUUUGCGUUUGCACUGUUUUGAAUAGCGGUGGCUACUUUGACGUGGAGAACAACACGAUGAGCGCGGUCAAUGGCGUUUAUUUAUUUGGGGAUACCGUCGUGAGGUCCGCGGGGCUGCUGCGGGUGGCGGAAUGCGACUUUGUUGGUAGAACGGAGGUUUUUGAUUCCACGCUUUUGUUUUUGCAGGGCUCGGUUGUUCUCGAAGGUGGUGCGCAGUGGCGUGUGGAGGGCAACAACGUGGGCGAAGCCUUAGUAUUAAUUAUAGCACAUGCCCACCACAAAAUUCAGCUGUCGGACAGCGGCACUACUGUGGUGCUUGCAAACAACCUUCAGAUGGACGAUAUUUAUUCUUUUGCUGAUCUGGCCUCAUCAGACACUAUUGUGGCUUCCCCCGCGAAGUUUGUGUUUGGGUGCAACCUGCAGGGCGGUGAGGAGGUGUCGUACGACGGUGUGUUUCCGGAGGGCAUGUUGGUGUUUUGGUGUGUCACAUGCAACGAGGACGCGGCGUGCUACAUGCCCGGGACGGAGUCGGUGGACCGCAGCUCGUGCUCGUGCAGCUGCAAGGACGGAUGGCAUGGCGCGUCGUGUCUUCCCUUCGAGGUGCCCGACACGGUUGUGCCGCCUUUGCCGGAGAGAGCCGUUGACGGCGACACGAGCUGCGUGGUGAACCAGACGCUGACGAACCUCACGCUGAACAUGUGGAAGACGCACCACUGCUACGUGGAUGUGACAUUCGGCGGCGUGGGUGCCGUGCUGACAUUCUCUCUCAACAGUAUGCCGCUGCAUCUCCCCAUCAACAUCACGUUCACUGGGUGCACAUUUCAUGAGGGCGUCGUGCUGCGGUUUGUUGGGGGUGCUGAGGCGGCGGAGUCAGCCGGCGUCCUGAUCCGCGUGAGCCAGAUGGUGAUGCGGUCUUCUGUCGUUGUGUUUGCACUUGCCCUCCCGCAGCACUGCGACAUCGCCGUCACGGAGGUUGGUGCGGUGCAGUCUUCUAUUGUCCAGUUCGCAGAUACUAUCAGCAACACGUUUGGCGUCGUGAUGUUGCGGAAAGUUGUUUUGAAUGCGUCCUCACUGUUGGUCAGCAAUGUCAAUGCGCAUGCAACGAAGCACGAUGCGUUUGGUUUGUACUCGAUCGGGACGCUGAUGCUGGUGAGUGGCAGCUCGCUGUACGUGCGGUACUGCAGUUUCGAUGGGUACAUGCAUCUGUUUUAUAUGCAAAGACUGAGUGUCCACAGUCACUCUGUUUUUGCACUGCUCAACAAUACGAUGUUCUCCGGGGUAAGCCUGCUUUAUCAGCAACAAGUAUUCAGCGUGUCGGAUCACAGCGUGUUGCGCGUGGUGGGGAACAGCGGCCCUUUGUCCUAUGCCAUCUAUUCACUAAACUCGUGGGCCGUUGAGCGGUCAAGCUGGCUGGACUGGCGCGACAACGACGUGGAAGUGGGUGCGCUGUUUUACGCAACUGAAUCCAGCUUUUUGGUCAUUGACGGCAGCAGUGUGGUGACGCUGUCGAGCUGCAAGAUGGGCUCGACGGGCUUGUCGGGACCCUUGCUAUCGCGGGCUGACAGCGGCUACCGGUUCGUUGCUGGGUGUUUGACGGUCGCGGGACGUGUGCUGACUACGGCGGCAGAGCUGGAGCUCCACGGCAUUAAUAACGUGACGACGGUUGCUGCGUGCGGUGAGUGCACGAAGGACGGCAACUGCUUUGCCCCGCUGACGACGGCGGUCAGCGACUGCAAUUGCCGCUGCGCUGCUGGAGGUCACGGCGAUGUGUGCGUCCCGGCGCCUGUGCCUGCUGGUCCGCUGCCACCACCGUCACCGCCGCCACCUCCGCCGGUUGGUGAGUGCAUCAGCGACAUGGUGUACCCCGAGGUGGCACAGGCAGUGGGCGGCGGGCUGUCGUGGCUGUGCUACCGCAACGUGACGUUCAGCGGGGGCGGCAUGAGCCUGACGGUGCUGGUCGGGGCGAUGGCGGGCGACGUGGCGAAUGUCACGUUCGAUGGCUGCACGUGGAGGGACGGUGCCGUGCUGUUGCUGUUGGGCAACGCGUACGCCACCGUGGAGUCGCUGAACAUCGUCGUCACCGGCAACACAUUUAGUGACGCGCUGCUCAGCCCGGAGGGUGUGUUUCCGCCGCACACGAACAUCACGAUCAGCAGGAACCGCUUUACUGUCACAAGGUUGAUCCCUCGGUCGGGUUUGGAACUUGGGAGGCCGUCGUGUGUCGCGAUGAAUGGACUGGUGAUCAGCAACGACUCCGCGGUGGCGCUGAGCGGCAAUACUUUUCAGACCGAGAUGGCAUCGUCAUGCGCCAUUCACGUCGUUGGAUCUUCGCUGAGGGUGUUGUGGCACUCCGUGUUUGCUGUGGUGGGCAACAAGUUUCAUAUGACUGGCGUUAACGGUACGCUGAUAUAUCUUGAGGGGUCUAUGCAGUCUUCGUCACUGAGUGUACUGAACAACUCUGCAGUGGUAAUCCGAGGCAACGUUGUGACGAGGCCGGUGCAAUGCUUCAUGUUAUUUUUGUGGACCUUAGGCGUGGAGUCUUUUUCGGCGGUUGUGUUUCAGGGCAACGACAUGCAGGGAAGCUUGGUUGUGUUUUAUUCAAGCUACUCCUCGAACAUUUACUACAACUCCUGGCUGCAGCUGAGCGGCAACCUGUGCCGCGUAUCACCAGUGGAUGCGUUUGCUUUUCUUCUCCCCAAACUGAAUCUCCGCGACUCCACGGUGUCUGUGUCCGGCAACCGAUUCAUUUCCAGCACGGUCACGCUGGACGUGCUGCUGAUAUCCAUCGGGUCCAGCGAUCUCACGAACGGAGUGAUUUUGUUUGAGUGCAACACUGUGAACGGUGAGGAGGAGGCGAGAUACAUUAUUCCGUCCGUGUACAAUGCCACUAUCCUGACCUGCAGCGAUCCAUGCACUCUUGCGGCGUCGUGCUUCCCCGCGUACACGACGACGGCCUCGAGUGAUGGCUGCGCCUGCAGGUGCGCUGAGGACGGCUAUGGCGAUGCAUGCCUGCCUGUCGCUGUUCCCAAGCCACCGAGCACCGACGGCGCCGACUUGUGCGUGCGGGACGUGCGUGUGGAUGUGGAGCUGAGCGCCGGUUUCGGGACUUCGGUGGCGUGCUUCGUUGGUGUGACCUUUGCGGCGGACGUAGUGGUGGACGUGGAGUCGAUGUCGGGGAGCGUGCGCAACGUGACGCUGGCGAACUGCACGUUUGUGGGCGGAGCGAGCCUGUACGUUGUCGGGUGGCUGUCCGACCCGCCUGCUGGCGAGCGUGCCGAUGUGUUGAUCAGCGGGCUUGAGUUGCGUUCCGGCGGCGGCGUGGUGGUGGCGAACCGAUUCCCGCCGGGCUCGCGCGUCACUGUGGUGGACUCGGUGCUGAUCGCAGAGAAGCGCGUUGCGUACCGCGGCGUCUACGGCCUUGGCGACCUCUCCGCGUGCCUCGUGGUGCACAACGUGAAUCUGACGGGGAGCGUGCUGACGAUUGCGCGCACGCAUGUGGCGGCGGUGUUACGCGACGCUGUUGGCGUGUUGUUUGUUGGCGGCGUGGCACUGUCAUCGCGCGGAGCGCUGUACGUGGACGGGCUGUUGGUGCAGACGGCGCUGGGGCUGUGCGUGUCGGUGGAGGGCGGUUUUGCGGCCAGUGGUGGCUCCGUGGUGGCGUUUGUUGACAGCGACUUCCUGCUGUGCAAGCACGCGGUGUCUGUGCGUGGGGCUGUGAGCGUGUCGGGCUCCGCUGUGGCGUUUUUGCGGAGCGACUUUUUGUCGACGGAGGACUACGCGGUGGCGUUUUAUUCGACGGUGAGCCUGGCCGACGGGUCGAUGCUGCUGGCGAAGAGCAACGUGCACGACGGCGCCUCGAGGGAGAUGCUCCACGCCGCUGGCACCGUGACCGCUGCUGGGAGCACGCUGAGCUUUGUGCGCAACCGAGCGCUGUUGCCACGGAUGCUGUCGCUGAGCCUGUCGCUUGCGGCUGGGGCGCAUUUGAGGGUGGCGUGCAACGACGCUGGUGGACGUGUCCUGUCGACGGCGGAGGAGUACGCAGCGGCUGGUUUUGGCGACGCUGGGAGCAUCGACGUUGCUGGAUGCGACGCCUGCGACGGGAACACGCACUGCUACGCGCCCGGGACGGCGUCUGCUAGCAUGAGGAACGGUGUGUGCGUGUGCGCGUGCGGCAGCGGCGGGUACGGCGAGGCGUGCGUGCCUGUGGGCGCUCCUGCACUGCCGCCUGCCGUGGGCACUGCGUCGAGAGCGUUCUUCCGCGAGGGCGUGACGGUGCGGUCGGUGUUCGUUGUGCCUGCCGGCGCGAGCGAGGUGACGCUGCGCCACGUUGUGCUGGACGGUGUGAGUCCGGUGCUGUACGUGCCGUGGAUGGCGCGGGAUGGCGUGCGGAUCGUUGUGCAGAACGUGUCGCUGCUGAACGGUGCCGUGCUGUACGUGAUGGGCGGUGGAGGGUUGCGCGGUGCGAGAGCGGAUGGGAGCGACGAGAGCGGGCCGGUGGAGCUGUCCGUGUGCGACGUGGAGGCGCUGAACGGUGCGCUUGUGCUGACCGGGACGUAUCCCGCGGGGUCCGUGCUGACGGUGACGGACUCCCUGCUGGUUGCCGCGAGGCCGACGCCGCUUGUGUAUCUUCCCGGCUCGCGGUCCUCGCCGUACGCACCGGUGCUGGUGCUGUCGGGUCUGCGACUCGUGCGGUCCGUGCUGGUUGUGUCCGGCGUUGCCCUCGUGACCGUGAUGACUGGUGGGCGGACGGUGGUGGUGGACGGCGCGGUGCUGGAGCUUGUCGGUGGCGGUGUCGCGCUGGACGCGGCUGUGCUCGGUGGCGAAUAUGCGUUGUACGCGAGUGCGCGCGUGGUUGCGUCGUGGAGCGCUGUGCUGCGCGUGUCGGGGAGCCAGGUGUACGCCGCGCAUGGGUUGGUGUUUGGCAGCGGGGUGGAGGCCAGCGCGUCCGCCGUCGUGGUGAACGACAACGCCGGUGUGCUGACCGAUGGCGCGCUGCUGGUGCUGCGGGGGUCGGCGUCGUUUGCGUCCGGGUCGUGGCUGUCGGUGCGCGGCAACAGCAUCAGCGGCAGGCUCCUGUCUGUGCCGUCGUACCCGCGCAGUGCGGACCUCGUGCGGAGCACGCUGACGCUUCACGGAAACGCUGGCAGCGGGCCCGUCGUGAUGGACGGCACCGUUGCGCUUGUGGGCGCCGGACGCAAGUUUGUUGUUGGGUGCCUGACGCUCAACGGGCGGGCGCUGCGGCCGAUCAACUACAGGUCCGCCGGCAUCAUCGGGGAAUUCCGCUCCGUGGCGUGUGGCGUGUGCGACGCCGACGUGCACUGCUUUGCUGCUGCGACGAGGGCGAUGUCGCGGUCGUGCCGCUGCCGCUGUGCUGAGGGCGGGUACGGGCGCGACUGCCUGCCGGUGUACCUGCCGCGCGUGGACGGGUGCAACCGCACGCCCGCUAUGCCGCUGCUGAGCCACACGGCAACGCUGACGGAGACGCGCAGCCCGACAACAACGUGGACGCCGGGCAUGAGCACGGCGCAAUACAGUCCGACGCAGUACAGUCAGACGGAGGUGGUGGCGCCCACGCGGACCCCGACGGCGUCGGUGAGCAGCACGCUGUGGUGGAGCGACGUGGCGUGCCCGACGCUCGCUGUGACGACGACGGCGGCUGGCGGCAGCCUGACGCAGAGCGACAUUCGCGGCGGUGGGAGCGUCGUCCCGACGCGGCUGAUGGUGGCGCUGCCGCCGCCGUUUCGGUGGGCACGCGACCCGCAGCUCGGCACGCACCUGAGCUUUGUGCCGGUGUCGACGGCGCAGCCGAGAGGGUUCGGUGGUCCGUGGGGAGCGAUGCUGAGCAACGCGACGUGGGUGCGCAACGCGACGAAUCCGUCCACCGUCCUGGAGCUGGCUGUGCCCGUGCACCGCGGUUACUUCAUUGCUGCCGACGAGACGAUAUUCAUUCGCUGCGACGCUGUGGCUGUUUUCGGCGGCUGCAGGGGUGUGUUGCUUGGGUCCUUCACGAUCAGGUCCGACACGCUGCCCGCCGCUGCCAGCGCCCUCUCGGCGAUCACCGGCGUUGUUGCGGGUGCGGCGGCUGUUGCCGUGGUGGUGACCGGCGGGCUGGGCUCCAUUCUGGAGAUGCAGGCGCUCGGCGUGUUUGCGAGGAUGUCAUGCGCCUCGGCGCAGGAGCGUGCGAGCACCGUUGCGCUGCCGUACUUCCUGUCGGUGUUUGCUGCCCGUGACCCGCUGUGGAUGGUGGUGGGCAACGCGCUGCUCGCCGCUGUGUU